GCCACAAGAGCGCGGUUUGUAGUUAGAGGUCAUGUUGGGAUUUGCGAAGCGCUGUAUGUCUUCCGAUGCAACAUAUAAAGGGGCCUAUAAAGCUAGUGGUGCUUUUUGUGACCGCCCACAGAUUAUGAGGUUUGGUAUACUACGAUCUCUCGCUGUGGGAAUUCCUUUUAUAUUUAUCGGGUCAGUGAUUAGCAGGACAGGUGCUGAACUCCUGGAAGAGUAUGAUAUUUUCACACCACAGGAUGAUUAAUUAAUAGCAUGCAAAGAUUGCAUGUGCUUGCACAUGCAGCUGCGACGGUUUUGCGUGCUCCAUUUGUUUCGUGGUACUUUAUAAUACCUUUUACUGUAAAUGAUGACCAGUGUUAUUACUGAUAUUUAUUUUCUGUAGCUGCAGUAAAAUGCGAUCUCUAAACGUAACUGUCAAUUGAGAGGCCUCUGUACAUUGUUGUACGAUUUUGUAGCGAUUGGUUGUUGAUGCUGAGUGACAUGACUCAUAGUCGUUCAUACUAAUGCAGAUGCACUCACUCUUUAUCUUUUUUACAACCACAGACCCGAAUCUCCCUACGUACCUACUUUUUAUACUACUAUUAAUGCUUUUACUAGUUUUGUUAUGAGAUCUGUCCUCGUAUUUUCAAUCGGGACAGUUCAGAUUGCCAGUUUGGUGUAGCAAGCUGAACUGUCCCACAUAUGUACUAGAUUCUACGUUACAGAUGGAUUAAUGUAGUGACUUCAGUGGUGUAUGUUAUGUAAUUUAUUCGAAGUAGCAAUCUAAUCCAUUGGUCGCUACACUAUCUUGACACAUCUUCGUUAUUUCAUAUUUAGUACUACAACCACCUGAAACUUGUUAUUAUCCAGGACACUGCAGUUUGUUCUAGCUAGUUUUCCAGAAAUUAGAUUUUCAACCGCUAUAUUGUGUUUCUAAUGUCCAGUAUACUUACCUUGUCAGGAAUAAAUUCAUUAAUAAAGUAUUUACUAAACA